GCCACCGAUGUUUCUCCCGGCUCCAUGGUGACGAAACCGCAGAGGAGGUGAUCGGCGCUUUUUUCAAAUGAUUUUACCGCGGAAAUAAAAGAUAACCUCGGCGUUUUAUCGUCACCAUUUACCCUUUAACGGAGAAUCACGGAGCUACAAUGACGGGACUGCAAGUCGCUGCUCUGGGAGAUGAGACGUUUCAUGCGGACGAUGUAUACUAAGGUUGACGAAGCUAACAUUAGCAUACGGAGCCGCCUCAUAAAUCGGAGCUUUGUGCCACAUCUCAGCCAUGAGCAGCAGCAUCGCAGAGAGAAAGUUUGUCAACCUGAGGAAACGUCUGGACCAGCUGGGCUACCGACAGCCUCUGGAGAUAGAGUCUCUCCCUCUGGUGGAGAAGCUGUUCAGUGACCUGAUUCACACGACUGAGAGCCUGCGCAAUGCCAAACUGUCUGCAGGCAAGACUGAGACAGAAAGCCGAAACUUCGAUGCCCUUUUGGAGCCGUACAGGACGGAGAACGCCCGGGUCGUCAGGGAAAACAAUGAGCUGCACCUCGAGCUCCUCAAAAUUAGGGAGGAGAAGGAUCGUGUCACCCGAGAGCUCAAAACCCACAUUCGAAAACUGGACCACCAGACCUCCGAUCUCAAGUUUCUGAAUAAUCAGUAUGUACACAAGGUCCGCUGCCUGGAGAAAGACAGCAAAGCCAAAGCUGAGCGCAUCCAGCAGCUGCAGGAGAAGAACAUGCAGGCUGUGGUGCAGACGCCAGGAGGAAAAAAGCGCAGUAUUCCUUUCAGACGGCAGAGGAUGCAGAUCGAUGAGCUCGUGCCUCCCUCCUCUACAUCAGCUUAUCCUGUGCAGCAGCCCGACGAUCCGUGUGUGGCUGACCUGCUGCUGCUGGCAGAUGGCAGAAUUCACGAGCUGCAGGAAGAAAUCAUCAAACUCAAACUAGAUCUGGAAAAUGCUCAAGAAUUCAUAAAACAUUUAAACACUCAGGUAGAGGAGAGGGACAAGGAGAUUGAUCGUUUAAAUCAUGUACUUAAAGGAGGCCGGCCUCACGAUGUGAUUUCAAUAGAAGCUCAAAACGUCAGCAACAAGAAGCUGAUCGACCAUCUGAACCUUCAGAUCGAGUAUCUACAGGAGACAAACAGGACGUUGGAGCAAAAAAUAGAGGGCCUGCAGCAGAAAAAGAAGGACGCCUCCACUGAAGUGGCCAAUCUGUCGUUGAAGAACCUGGAGCUGUGCGAGGAGCUGACACACAUAGACGAUCUUGCCAAGCGGCUGGAGAUGGACAAGGAGCGUGUGCUGGAGACGGCUGACAUGGAGCUGCAAGAAACUCAAAAAGAAGUUCAGAGGCAGCAGAAAGUCAUCGAAGACUUGGAGGACAUUAUCACAAAAAUAAGACGGGAGCAGUCCGAGGGUGACUUCGAAAAGGACCGUCUCCAGGAUCAGCUGGCGGAGCUCAAAGAGCAGAACGAAAAGCUGGAGGGGCUGGUCGGCUACAUGGAGAACGAGAAAGUCAGGCUGCAGGACAAGGUUGAGGAAAUGAUGGCAGCUGAGAAAGACUUGGUGUUGGAGUUGGAGGCUUUCCGUGCCAAGCAUGGCGUUUGUAGAAGGGAACGCUCUCCAUCUCGCCUGGAUGCGUUUGUCAAGAGUCUGGAGGAGGAGAGGGAUCACUAUCGCAGAGAAGUCGAUCGCUACAAACGUACCAGAGGGGCCAGUGGCCUGGACUUAAGUCCCACAUGCAGUCCAAGCAGAGGCAGGAGCGCCAGACUUCCAGGAAUGAGGUCCGGCGUUGCAGAUGCAGAGCUGCUGCGUGUGACGAGAGAAAGAGACAAGCUGAAAGCUGCUCUGCAGCAGUUUGAGGAGCACAUGGAGGACAUUCAAAGCAAUGUGAAGACCCUCCGAGCGGAGAGAGACCAUUUCAAGACCCUGCUUACACAGGCUCAAGACGACCUGAAGGUUCACCAUGGCGUAGAGACGUCAACAAGCAUCUUGAAACUGCAGGAGGAGGUGAAACAGGCGGAAGAAAAAAUUAAGCGAAUUGCGACUGAAAGAGACGCACUGACGGACAGACUCACGGUUGCCCAAACUUCAGCCCUUACGAACAGACAAGCUGAAGAGCAGAGGAUUGUCGAACUGGAAAAGUCCGUUCAGACUCUGGAGCGGGAGAGGCUGGACCUACGCUCUCAGGUCUGCCUGCUGAAGGAGAGCAAGGAGGCUGUGGAGGCGGAGCUGAAGACUCGGUCCGCUGCCGUCGUGCACACCGCAGAGGAGGCGGCCCAGCAGAGGGCUGAGUCUAAUGCUCUCAGGCUUCUCCAGGAGCAGAUGGAGCAGUCGCUGUCCGAUACCCAACACAGACUGUCUGUGAAGAUGAACGAGCUGCACGCCGCUCACAAGCAGAUUGAAAUACUCGAGGACAGAAUAGGGGAGCUGAGUCAGCACAGCUCAAAACACAAGGAAGAAGUCGUUGCCCUGCAGAAGUCUAUUUCUGUCCUUGACAGAGAAAAAGACGCUCUGCAAGAUGAGGUGGAUCAAAAGACGGAGAAAUUGGUUUUUCUAGAGGAGGAGUUAUCCAAGAAGGAGAAAACCCUUGAAGAUGUCAGACUCACAAUCAAAAACAUGGACACCUCCCUGGCUCAGCUUCAGGGAGCCUUAAACAGUCGAGAGAGGGAAAUAAGCAGUCUGAGGAGACAGCAGGACACCUCUCAGGAGGAGCUCGCCAAGCUCAGGAGAGACAAGGAAAUCACAAUCAGGGAGAACAGGAGGCUGCAAGACGACCUGGCCACGAUGACCCGAGAGAACCAAGCUGUGCACGUAGAGAUGGAGGAGGCUUUGCACGAGAAAGAUGAGCUGAAGAUGAGGGUCCACUCCUACAUUUCUGAAGUGUCCAGAUUCGAGAAACUCAUGGAGACAAAAGAGCAGGAGAACAGGGACUUGCUGGAGCGCUUCAGGAUGACCCACACCGAGAUGGAGGAGCGGGAGCAGAAGUUGCAGCAGGCCGAAGGCCUGAAUAACUCCAUCCGUCUGGAGCUGCUGUCCUCCGACUCGGAGCGCAGACACCUGCGAGACACUGUCAGCCACCAGGAGAGAGAAAUCCAGCAGCACACGCAGGCCCUGCAGGCUUACGAGGCUAAAGUCUCCUCGCUGGUUCACGGGAUGUCCCGGUUGGAAACGGAGCUACACAAAGCCCAGGAAGAGAAGGCGGCUCUGCUUUCGGACCUGGCCUCCGUGAGGGAACUCUGUGUCAAACUGGACUCCAGUAAAGAGCUCACGGCGCGCCAGCUCACCUCCAAGAGCAUGGACAUGGAGCGAGUCACGGGGGAACUGGAGGACGUUCGGUCCGAAAUGGAGCUUCUCAAGAAGCAGCUGGCCAGCGAGAGGCUGACGGUGCGCAACCUGGAGACGCUGCUCUCCACCAACCGGCAAAAAGAGUUCCAGACUCAUCUGACGGCCAGCGAGAGGGAGUCGGAGCUCAAGGUCCUCCGUGACAGGCUCACCCUGGCUGACAGCAAAACUGCUGAGCAUGCCAGGGAGGUCUCCCAGCUCCGUGGAAAAGUGUCUCAGCUGCAGACAGAGAUGGAUGUCCUGAAGAGACAACUGACCACUGAGCGCUUUGAACGUGAAAGGGCGAUGCAGGAGAUGCGCAGACAGGGUUUGUCCUUCUCCUCACUGCAAAGCUCGUCGCCCCACAGCGGCUCCAGCAGCUCCCACCACGCCUCCUCAGAACGCUCCAUCCUCCGAACUCUCGAACGCUCCGACAAGUCGGCAGACAAGAGUGUGAGCUUCAAAGAUUAACAGGAAGAGGAAGCCGAGGUGCUGAUAAGUGUGUCAGAAACCACUGAAAGCUUGGAGUUCAGAUUCCGGGAGUGAAAAAUGAAGACGUCAAACCACAACAUGCUUCAGCUUGUUGAGCACACCAGUAGUUACUUUCACUCCGUCCGCCCAGAGA